CAAGACAACCCCACAACUUCAUUCACUCUUUCUCUCUCCUCUUUUUCUUCCUCUCUCAUCCUUACCCUCUCCAUUUUGUCCACCAGCAAAAAAAAAAAAAAAAAAAAAAAAAAACUCCCUCCAUUUUUCUCCACUUUCUAUCUCCUAAAAGCUUACUGGAGAUCGUCCAUGAGAGAAACGUACAGGUAAGAAAUUUCUCAUUUUGGUUUUUUUGGUGGAUUUUCUUCUUGAGAAGUUCUUGAUUGUAGUCAUUGAGUAGAAGUUGUUGGUCAUCAAACAUCUGUUAUAAGUUUCGUUCGUGAAAUCAAAGAUGAUCUCGUCGUCAUCGAAAAUGGGUUAUUUUGAAGAUAUGGGUUUUUGUUCAAACUUUGACUUCUUUGCUCCACCUCCUUCUAUGGCGGGUGAGGGAGAAGUUGGCCGUGAAGCUGAAGCGGAAGCCGCUGUUGAUGACGAAUACUCUGAUGAUGAGGUUGAUGUAGAUGAGCUUGAGCGGCGUAUGUGGAGAGAUAGAAUGCUCUUGAAAAAGCUCAAGGAGCAGAGCAAAGAUAAGGCCAAAGAAGGAGUUGAUGCUGCAAAGCAGCGUCAGUCUCAGGAACAAGCCCGUAGAAAGAAGAUGUCAAGGGCACAGGAUGGAAUUCUGAAAUAUAUGUUGAAAAUGAUGGAGGUUUGCAAGGCUCAAGGUUUUGUUUAUGGGAUUAUUCCUGAAAAGGGGAAGCCCGUCAGUGGAGCCUCUGACAAUCUGCGGGCUUGGUGGAAGGAGAAAGUCCGAUUUGACAGGAAUGGUCCUGCAGCCAUUGCCAAGUAUCAGGCUGAUCAUUCCAUUCCUGGUAUUAAUGAGGACUGCAAUGCAAUGGCAUCGACACCUCACACCUUGCAGGAACUACAAGAUACCACACUGGGAUCCCUUUUAUCAGCUCUGAUGCAGCACUGUGAUCCUCCGCAGAGGCGGUUCCCCUUGGAAAAAGGCGUCCCUCCACCCUGGUGGCCCACCGGGAUUGAAGAAUGGUGGCCUCAGUUGGGCCUUCCAAAAGAUCAGGGAGCACCUCCGUAUAAGAAACCUCAUGAUCUCAAGAAGGCAUGGAAGGUGAGCGUUCUUACAGCUGUUAUCAAGCAUAUGUCACCUGAUAUAGCAAAGAUUCGGAAGCUUGUUCGUCAGUCCAAGUGCUUGCAGGAUAAAAUGACAGCCAAAGAAAGUGCCACAUGGCUUGCUAUCAUUAAUCAGGAGGAGGCUUUGGCUCGGAAACUCUUUCCUGAUCGAUGCCCACCUCCAAAUGCUGGUGGAAGUGGGUCUUUGGUCAUUAGUGAUUCUAGUGACUAUGAUGUUGAAGGGGUUGAUACUGAUCCCAAUAGCGAAGUGGAUGAUAACAAACCUCAAAAUAUUAAUCUCUUCAAUUUUGGUGUUGGCGCAGAGAGAGAAAAGUUUAUGACUCCAAACCCUAUGCUGACUUCUGCAAUCAAAGGAGAGGUCAUUGAUGCUAAUACUUCAGAAUUUUCUGAGAAGAGGAAGCAGCCAUCUUCUGGAUCUCACCUGGUAAUGGAUCAGAAAAUAUUUGUUUGCGAGUAUCCUCAAUGCCCUUACAGUGAUAGCCGCCUUGGGUUCCUUGACCGGAAUUCGAGAAAUAAUCAUCAGCUGAACUGUGCGUAUAGGUUUAGUCCUUCAACUCAUGGUGUUGGAGCAACCAACUUUCAGGGAAACAGUAUUGAAGCUGCAAAUUUCCCCACAUCCUUUGCACAACCAGAGAAGCUGUCUCUGCAAUCUGAGAACCAGUCAUCAACUACCUUCAGUACUUCUGGGCUUGGACUUCCUGAAGAUGGUCAGAAGUUGAUUACCAAUCUCAUGUCAGUUUACGACAAUACCCUGCAUCAAAACAAGAAUGUCAAUCUAGGGAGUGGGAACUUCGCUGAAAAUAAUCAGAUCGGUGGAGGUUUUGCUUGUCAGCAAGGUGCUUUAUUUGGAAAUAGUGCUUCCCAAGGAAUGAACAUAAAUACCAUGAAGGAUCAUAAUCAGGCACAACCAAAGGUGGCUCAAUUUCAGUUAGACAAUGGAUUUUUAGGGCAAGGAAUGCCGAUGAAUGUGAACAACAAUCCACAACAGAAGCUUCAGUUUCAGAUGGGUAGCUCGGUUUUCCAAGGAACAAAUAUGAACCCACCUGAACAGAAAGUGCAGCUUGCAAUGGACACCAGCUUCAAUGGCCAGAGAACGGUGUCCGGGGCCAAUGUUGUUACGCAAGGAACUAACAUGGGUGGUUCUGUUUUUCAGUCUAACGCAAUUCAGCUGGAUCAUGGCAGGGCAUUUGAUUCUUCUUCUUUUGGGAUGACUCUGAACGACAACAUGUCGGACUUCGGAUUUGGUGGUGUUCCAUUCAACCUCUCAACAAUUGAUUUCGACCAGCUCUCGAGGCAGGACAACUCUAUCUGGAACCUGUGAGUGAAGGAUUUGGCAGUCAAGGAAGUCAAAACCGGGGAGUAACAAGCAAGCUGUACAUUCUGAGAAGAAGAUUGCUUUUAGAUCUCUUCUUUUAAAUAGGUGAAAGCUUCGCCUGCUGAAUUUUAGCUUUCUUUUUUUUUUGUUAUCUUUUUAAUUUCCUUAGAUAAUCUGAAGAAGCCACAUAAAAGACUUCCAUUUCUUUCUUGCACCCACAAUCACUUAGCGUUUAUAGAUGAUUCCCAUAUAGCAUUAGUUGAAGUUUGGCCACACAGUUAUAUGGGAGAGGCCACCUUGUUUAAACAUUAUUAUUUUACUUCCGCGACUAUAUAUUUUUAUGUAGCCAUGUUGAAAAACCCACAGUAAAUAGUAUAAAUAUGUUUUGAUCAAUAAUCACUUCUUGCUUGUUUUUAUUUUUA